AUGGCAGCCGGUCGGGACGCAGCACCGCGCGGUUCUAAAAGGGAGGCAAAGACCUUCCUCGUUGCGGACAGCAACGCACACGAUCCAGCGUUGGCAUCGUUGUUCGCUGCAAGUGCUGGACCUGUCAAGCCGCCCCCAAAGUCGCGAUAUCAAGCCCCACCGCCUACCAAGCCGUCCAAAGCUGAGGCCGAAAACGAAACUCCCACAGACGAGGAGCUGUCAGAGCUCGAAGAUGCAGAAGAGGCGGACAGUGAUGCUGAAAUAGCGGCAGAGGACUCAUCACUAAAUGCCCAGGAUGCGGUCCACGCCCCUCAAGCAUUGACGGACGAGGGUCAGUCGAGCAAGACGCACAAGAAGCGCAAGCGCCGGAACGAGGAGGACGAUAAUCUAGAAGGCCUGUACCUGCAGAACCUCGCCAGAGAGGAAGCGAAGGAGGUGGAGGUAGCCCAACGCGCCACCAAGAGACGGAAGCCUGAAAACGGCGAGGAUGAAGAUGGGUCCAGCGACGCCUCGGAGCAGACCUCAGAAGCCGAAGACGCAGACGAGGAUGGAGCAGAAGCUGCAGACAGCGACCUCGAAUCCACAUACUCCAUCCCCCAGCACGAAUCGCUCAAUCCGAACAAAGACGCCUCAGAGCUCGAGAAGUCCUCCCGCACAGUCUUCCUAGGCAACGUCUCCACCACAGCCAUAACCUCCAAAUCCGCCCGCAAGACGCUCCUCGCCCAUCUCUCCUCCUUUCUCCCCUCCCUUCCAGUCCCCGCAAACUCCCCGCCUCACAAAGUUGAGUCCCUCCGCUUCCGCUCCACCGCCUUCGCAACCCCAAUCCCCAAGAAAGCCGCCUUCGCCAAGAAGGAGCUGAUGGAAGCUACCACGAAGAGCACAAACGCCUACGCAGUUUACAGCACUCAAGCCGCCGCGCGAGAAGCAGCGAAGCGACUCAAUGGCUCUGUGGUGCUGGACCGACAUCUGCGCGUCGAUGAGGUGGCCCAUCCAGCCAAGGUCGACCACCGGCGGUGUGUCUUUGUCGGGAAUCUAGGCUUCGUGGAUGACUCGAGUGCCAUAGACGCAGCGAAAGACGCCGAAUCCGGCAAGAAGGAGCGGAAGAAGACGAAGCCGCCCGGCGACGUUGAGGAGGGGCUAUGGCGACAACUCAGCAAAGCCGGGACCGUCGAAAGCGUGCGCGUCAUCAGAGAUGCCAAGACGCGCGUCGGAAAGGGCAUCGCGUACGACGAGAACGGCGCCGAAGCAGCCCUCCUCUACAACGACAAGUCCUUCCCGCCCCUCCUGCCCCGCAAACUCCGCGUCCUGCGCGCCAAAGCCCAAAAGCGCAACGCCGCCAAAAUUCGCCCCCCACCACCGCGCCACGCCGCCAACGGCAUCUACAACCCGAAGCCGCAGCCCGAGCACGCCUCGCUGGCUGGGCGUGCUGGCAAGCUGCUCGGUCGCGCGGGCGCCGCGCAGGUGCUUAAGGGCCAGCAGCGGCCCGAGAGCGGGAAGGGGAUAGGGAUCGGGGCGGGCAUUAGGGCCCCGGAGGGCUUCGUGUUUGAGGGUCAUCGCGCGAGUAGUAAGCAGGGGAAGAGUGGGCUUAAGUUGGGGGGCGCGGGGAAGAAGAAGGGGAAGGGGAAGGGGAAGCCGACGACGAGGAGUUCGAGGAGGGGAGAGGCGUGGAAGGCUCAGGGGGGAAAGAAGGGGGGGAAGUAG